AUGCACGAUCUAAACUACUAUGUUCUCAACAGGGAUAAGCGUGCCCGAUGGAAUGAUGACCACAUUAUGGGAUUAGCCCCGCGCCCGCUCCCAAAAACAUCCCAACAAGCUUUCCAACAGUUCUUUGCAAGAGGGCAUGCUUUAUUCUUGCCAGAUGACUCUGAUCGAGUCCUUGAUGCUCUGGAUCCCUCAACGCAUGACUUGCCUCCCAAAAACUGGACUGUUCAGUUUCCACCAAAUUGGGAAGCACUCCCAUCAGACAAUCUGACACGCAUCAAUUGCGAAACAUUCAUUGUACGGAAGCAGAAAGCUGAGCAGGAGCACACAGACCAUCAACAGACUGCUGCUGCCGCCGCACUUUCCACCGCAGCACAGCCCCCCAUGCCACCUCUGCCCCAACUCCCAUACUCUACAUACCCAAUCACGUACCCCAUUGUUCCCUUUCCUAGUCAACUGUCCAUAUUCCUCCCUCAGCAUCCUACUUCCUCUCCUCCUAUUGCCACCCUUACACCGGUACCUGCUGCAAAGUUGUCACCGAAGUCUCAAUUAAAUGAAAGAGCAGAAAAACUACUUGGAAUAUGCUACCAAUGCAAUACACUGAAUCCUGACAAGGUGACAACGGAAGCAAGUCUCCAUCUACCUGUUGACUGUGCUCCCUCGUUUGUGCUUGAAAAGAUUGAAGAAGGAAUGGGUGUCAAUACUGUAGAGCACAUGGAAAAGGCACUGCAUGAACUGCGUGAUUGCUUGUCACGGGCCCGGACCAAUAAAAAACUAUACAUUAUCAAUAUGAAACCAGGACCCAAAGCUGAAGACCUUGGGAAACGUGGAAAAGGCCAUCGUAACAAUACAGUAAACAAUGCAAUCCAGUCCAACCCGGCUUCGGAGCAAUACACUUUGCUUGAAAAGCAGUGGGGAUGUCAGAAAUGUGGUGGUCACUGUUGGCCGCAUGCCCGGGCAAAGGGAAAACACCUCCACCUUAGCAAUGCAAUGCUGUCCUUAUGGGCACAGCAAUGGACUGACAGUGUUCCUGGUGUUGAUCUCUACAACCCUCCGACUCAUCACUGGUUUGAUGUUCCAGCUCUGGGGAAACAGACCAAGGCUAUCAAUGAAAAGCAACGCCGAGAAUCUAAGAAGCGGAAACGCAGCGCUAGUCCACCAAGAACCCCAACAAAGUCCAAAGCCACGACUACACCAAGCCCCCCAGUAAAGAAGGCUAAAGCCGAUGUGAUGCCAGCCAAACAGCAGCCUGAAAAAGAAACAAUAAUCCUCUCUUCUGACCCUAUAACUCCGGAAUUUCUCUAUCAUCGCGCAUCCAAAGUCGGAACUGAAAUCAUAAAUCUUUCAUCCUCCCCAACUCCUGGACCUUCCAAGAAGGCCCCUGUCCCUGUUUUCAACCUUUGCUCUUCCGACGAUUUUCCUGAGUCCGACACUGAGCAUGAUGAGCUAGAACCAUAG